AUGGGAUCACUCGGCCCCUAUCAACAAAAGCACAAGGUGACAGUGGUGGGCUCCGGCAACUGGGGCUCUGCCAUCGCUAAGAUCGUUGCCGAAAAUGCUGCCAGCAACCCAGACCUUUUCGAGGAGAAGGUAGAGAUGUGGGUGUAUGAGGAAAACAUUGAGAUCGCAAAGGACUCACCACACUACGACCCCGCCAAUGCGGGCCCUCAGAAGAUUACUGAGGUAAUUAAUCGCACACAUGAGAACGUCAAGUACCUUCCAGGAAUUCGGUUGCCGGCCAACCUGCACGCAAACCCCUCCCUCGAGGACUCUGUCAAGGACAGCACCAUCCUAGUCUUCAAUCUUCCUCACCAAUUCAUUCACAAGACUUGUGACCAGAUCAAGGGCAAGAUCCUCCCAUAUGCCCGUGGUAUCUCCUGCAUCAAGGGCGUUGACGUCCAGGAGAGCGGAAUCAGUCUCUUCUCCGAGACUAUUGGCAAGGCUUUGGGUAUCUACUGCGGUGCUUUGUCUGGAGCCAAUAUUGCCAAUGAGGUCGCCCUGGAAAAAUGGUGCGAGACCACCGUUGCUUAUGACCCCCCGCACCUAGACUCCAAGGCUCCCACACCCCAGCGCUCCCCUACAUCUUCGCAGUUGAACCUGGUGGAGUUUGAGCACAAGGACGUAUCGGGCAACUAUUCCAAGGUCAAGCUGCAGGCACUUCCCAUGGAAUACCCACCCGUUGAUCAUGCCGUUCUCAAGUCUCUCUUCCACCGCCCCUACUUCCACGUGCGUGUCGUGAAUGACGUCGCCGGCGUGUCCGUUAGCGGUGCGUUAAAAAACGUGGUUGCUAUCGCUGCUGGAUGGGUUGUCGGUAUGGGCUGGGGUGACAACGCCAAGUCCGCCGUUAUGCGUGUGGGUCUGAUGGAGAUGGUGCGCUUCGGAGAUAAGUUCUUUGGUGCCACCAUUGAGCAGCGCACUUUCACCGAGGAGAGUGCCGGUGUAGCCGACCUGAUCACUAGCUCAAGCGGUGGUCGUAAUUUCCGCUGCGCUAAGUAUAGCAUUGAGCGCAACCAGCCGAUCGAGGAGAUCGAGCGAACCGAGCUUAACGGCCAGAAGCUUCAGGGAACCUUGACCGCCGUUGAGGUGAACAAGUUCUUGAAGAAGCAGGGCAUGGAAGACGAUUUCCCUCUAUUUACCGCUGUCUACCGCAUUCUGGAAGGCAAUAUGAAGGUUGCAGACAUCCCUGCUUAUAUUGAGCGCCCCCCGAUGCCUCGUGCCCCGAUUUCCACUUCAUCUGAUGUUAAUGGCGAAAAUGGCGAUGAUUCUCGAUUUGCUGCACGGCUCUAG